AUCGUCGUCUGAAGCUGAAUGUUUGGUGAUGCGUUUGUGUGGCUGUUGACACAACUGCAAAAUGUAACCUGACAUCUUUGAUUACCUGGGCUCUUUUUUACCAAGUAUCUUACAAACUGUUGAUCACAUCAUGGAAGGCGAGAGGAUUCUGCAGAGUUUAAAAGAUGGCACUAAUGUUGGUGACCUUGUAAGAGAUUUAGAGAUUUACAUGGCUCCCUUUAUGCGACACAAAACUAACACUUCGCAAGAACUGGCCUCCAAAUAUGGACUGUACGCGUUGAAAGUGCUUCGAGCUUGUGUUCAGCAGAUGACAGUACUCAAGACAGGUCACAGUACUAUUAGUCACAUCAUCCAUAUUGCCAACAAGAGUUAUGAGUGCAUCAACAGGGCAAAGAAACACACAACAACGGUAUCCCUGUCACUGGAGAAGCUUCUGUUUCACAUGAUGGUACAGGGUAUGAGCAAAGGAUUCAUGGCUGAUGCCAUGGUGUUUGCCAGGAACCUACAUGAGCAUCUCAGUCUGUGCCAACAAGACUUCAUCACUGAUGGGAAAGGCGUUGACAAUGAGUUUGACACGGUGUGUAAGCAGGCCUUCAACCAGCUCUGGAAAGCCUGUGUGGACCUGGAACACUCCUCCAAGCCGGGCACCAAGAAACACAUGGUCGUGCUGGACGUCCGACUGCAGGCCUUGACCUUCUUGAUGCUGACAAGUUACGAGGUGUCCUGGGUGGUUGAGAGAGCUCACAGGGCUAUGGUAGAGUUUAAUCGGGUCAGUAGCAACUCCAUCGAGGAGAACAGUCAAAUAUUGCAGUUCCUUAAAACUGUUCUAGAUGCCUUACAAGAAGGUUGCGGUAAAGCAAAGAAGGAAGAGAAUGUGGAGUUGUCCGAGGUCUUGUCUCCUAUGUUUGAGCUUUGUCUACAAUUGGCAUGGUGCUGUAGUCGUCUAGGAACACCUGAAGAGGCCUUCAUUCAAUAUGAAAAACUGCAGAAGGUGGUUAGGAACAAGUGCAGCAAGAGCAGUGAGACACUUUACAGUGCUGCAGUGAGCAUUAUCACAGCCACUCUGCAUGUGAGUGUUAAAUCAUCAUCAAAUGACAUUUCAAAGCCGACAAAGAAAGCCAAAUCACAAAAAGCCGUCGACUUAAACUUAAUAAAAAAGCAAAUCCUUGAUGCCGUCAUAUGCACAUCUAAGGCUAUCGAGAAGGGUGAUCCAAACCAAGCGGCCUUGCAGUGUCUGAUCGAAGCAUUUGAGUUCUUAAAGAAGCGGUUUGAGUAUCUCACUAAUCAACGCCAGGAAGCUCCAACCUCACCCUCUGCGACCAUGGUACCUGAUGAGCUGAUCCCAGCCAUAGAAGCUGCCGUCAGUCUCCUGAUCGACUUGCUCCAGCUACAAAGAGAGCACAUGCACAGGAACCCCGGUGACGCGGAAUCGGCUAGUAAGGGAAAACAGCAGAGGCUGCUGCUCCAGAAGGCAGUCAACAGGCAGCUGGCAUCUCUCAAUCUCAUGUCUGUCAUCUUGCUGCAUCGGAUGAAGCACUGCAAGGAAGACAUCGUUAUUGAGGAUGCAGGGAGGAUGGCAGGGGAUGCUUUGAGUAUAUGCCAGCGGACAUUGGGCAUCAUUGAGGAAGUGUCUGGUGGGGCAGGAGGAGCUGUGUCAACCAAUGAACACAGAUGGUUAGGCACCAAUGCAUACAACUUUGGCCUCAUGUGCUACAAGAAACAGUGGUAUACUGAGGGGGUCCCACUGUUGACCUUGGCAUGCCAGCAGCUUCAGAGGUGGUGUGUCACUAAGGAAGUCAUUGACAAGGACAAAAUCACAAAGGUCCAGCUCUUCAGCAAGUAUGAACUCCUUGUGGACUGCCAGCGCAAGGCAGGUCAGCAUCAGGAGGCUAUGCAGACGGCGGUCGGCUACCUCUGGGAACACGCAAGUCACCUGGCGGACCAGUGGACCACCAUCGUGGAAAUAUUUGUGAAGGCCAAGAGGGAAGCAGUGAAGUCUACUGGGGAUGAUGAAUUGAGAACAAGGACGGUGCUUGAUGUUAUCCAAGCAAUAGAGGUCGCCAUUCCCGACGAGGGCACAAGUCUUGUUUCAAAACUCCUAGAGCUGGAACUCAGCAUCUACAAAUCACAGAGGUAUGAGUCGACUGUAGAGCAGUAUGCCGUGGUGUGUGACCUCCUGGGGCUGUAUGGCGAUGAUAAGAUGCGACUACACAGAGCCCACGCUCACAUUGAACAGGCCCAACUACUCAGAGACGGUUCUCUGGAAACAGACUGCUCUCCAGUGGACUGUUGUAAAGAAGCGAUCCAGCUUCUUGAGGACCUUGCCCAAGACUUCCUGCAGCAGCAAGAGCAGCAGCAAGACACCAGCAAGGACUACCUGGUGGUGUUCGACUUGCUUGCUACUGCGUAUUUCUGGCUCUACAUCUGCGACAGUGAGGCCAAUCAGGCAACCUACAUCGCUACUCAGCUCAUCGACUCCAAACCGGUACCCGAGUCGGUACCCGAAGCCACCGACCCCACCACCACCAGCAAGAAACACAGCGGACAAUCUGCCAACGAUCCCACCACUAUAUCCUACACCCUAUCGGCCGAGUACUUGGCCACCGAGCCCCUGGACAGAGCCCUAGAUAUCUGGAGCGAUCUGAUGGUGGACAGAUGCAACACGUCCAUGUUCAAUGACCCAGUGUCUACUUGUUACUGUCUUAAGGUGGCUGCGUCACUGUGUCACCUUGCUGAUAGGCCUAUCCAGCAAAUUCAAGCCCUCAGUCUCCUCAUUCGUCUUGCCAUCACAAACUCCUCCAUGGACGACGCCAUCCUAGCCUACUGUCAGAUGACGCAGGCCGUGUGCCACAUUGGUGCGGUGGCUGAGGCAGAGAGCCUCCUCUCAAAGGCCCAUGACCUGAUGAGAGAGUCCAAGGUCGAUGGGGAGGACUCGAAUGGAGUGGCAGUGGCACUAAUGAUCACCGAGUGUUACGUCUUACUCGGUUCCCGCAAGAUCAGAGAAUUUGAAAGUCUUCUUGGAAAACUCCUCCAGCUCCAGAGCAACAAACGCCGCUCCCGUCAGACGUACCUCCGCAACGCCUCCACCAAACACCUUCAGUCCCUCUAUCUCCUCUUGCCCAACUCCCAACGCACCCAGGACGCAGCGAUACAGCGUGACCUGAUCCCUGAUGACCUUUCACCCCUGGAGUUGAGGGCUGAGGCAAUGAGACUUCAGAUGGGGGUGGGCAGGUUGAUGCUAGGGGAGGGGAUCUACAGCAAUGAGCAGAACCUUCACUGCGAUGGAUUCAAACAUGUUUCUGCCGCUGAAUCUGGUUGUAAUGACAUAGAGUUCGACCAGUGGACAGUGAUGACCAUGGUGCUACAGUCCCUCUAUGAAGUCAGCAGUCUCUACCUCGAUCAGGGCUGUAUCCGAGAAGCCAAGAGCUACCUCAAGGAAGGCUUGCUACUCGCUGACAAAUUCAUGCUACCUAGACGGUGUGUAGCCUUCUUGCUGCAACUCUCCAACCUGUACGCACAAUGUGGUCAGGAGAACGACUGCCAAGGGACUCUGUCCAAGGUCCACGUGACUCUCCAUGUCUCUAACGAGGGAUCUAGGCCUGGAUGUCAAGACGGCGCCAGCGUCACUCAAGAAGAUGACGACGACGAUGAUGAUUUCAUCCAUACCAAGAGAAUCUCCAUCUCUAGCGAGUGCUCCUCCUCGAGAAAUGCCCUCCUAACCGACACCACGUCCUCCCCAUCGCUCAGACCUCAGACCAUCAAGCUACCUGCCUACCUCGGCCAUGGACUCGACUGCUUCUGUGUCUCAUGCCUAGACCUGUCCCUCCACGCGCAGAGCAUGAGGCUGUUUCUACGUAGAGCCCAGCACCUUGAGCUCCAAGGCGACUCCACUCAGGCCAUGAACUACCACCAGGCAGUGUUGGACCAUGGUGCUUGGGCGACAAAGAAAAUUCCAUCGCUGCUGAGCAAGAGCUGCUCUCACAUACAAAGCUGUGAAUCCGCAACCAAAAAGAAAGGAAAGAGGAAGGACAAUCGCAAGGUGGAUGCUGAUUUAACCUGCAACAUCCACACGGAACUGAUUAUAGAAGCUCAUAUUAGUCUGACAGUGUUGAGUUUACUAGGUGGCAGUCUAGCCCAGGCAGAGGGAUUCAUAAAAAAAGCCCUUGAUUUAGCAAACCAUGCCAGCAUCCAAAGGUCCUGGCUGCAAUACCUUGACAUAUUAAUCUCAUUAGAGCAUGAAGCGGAAAGGACAGAGACAACGACGAAAGAUCUCCUCGGCUCACAUUGGGAAGUGCAAUCAAAAACAAAAAACCUGAGAGAGAGUCAAACUCAAGAGGAAGAUCUGGCCUUCCAGUUUGAAGGACUCGGCCUCGGAAAGUCGAGCAGUAAACCGCAGACACAGUUUCAAGACUCUGUCUUUGCCGACAGAAUGCAGAGACCCGAAGUGUCACGUAAACUGUCGGAGAAGGUGUCCGAGCUAGGCAUCUUCUGUGACAUGAGCGACAGUGACAACUCGGACAAGACCACUUCAACGGUGGAGAACUGCUCCGCGGAUGUUAGAAGGGGAGCUGUGAAAGAGACACCAAAAACCGUUUCGCUAAAUACCAAGAAAGGAGCCUUGAUGUUCAGCGUUAGAAAGAAAAAACCUGUUAAUAAAAUUAUCUGGAACGAUAUCGUGACACCUCAAGCUGAUACAGCCUCACUGGCCGUUUUUGACUUUGAUGGACCUAGUCCUCUGAAGACCAAGAAAGCAGGAACAAGAGCAAAAUCUAGCGCAAAAUCCAAGUCCACUAGAAGAAAGGUUGCAAUUCAAACCAUAGAUCUUGAUUCAGAUAUUGAUGAGGUAUUUGAUAAGGAAGUUGAAACCAUCGCACCAAAGACUGCCACAAAGACAAAAAGAACGACAACCAAGAAAUCAGCAAGCAAAGUGCAACUUGAUAAAGAUUCUGAGUUCUUGGAGAACGUUGACCGCUUCAUAGAAAAAGUGGAUGCAUCAAAAUCGGUUAGAAAGUCUCGAAAAGCAACAGAAGUGAGCGUGGACAGCACGGUAAAGACAAGAAAGGUGCGAAAGACUCCAGUAAACACCGAGCUACUGGAGCCCAAGGUUGUUGUGUCCGCACGACCAAAACGGGGAAGAAAACCAAAUGUGGAGACCCUGAGGUCAGAGGUCAUGACCCAGGUCACUUGUGAUAUCCUGCCUGAUUUACAACUUCCCCAUCUAGAACUCGACUCUCCUAAUGUAAGCCUGCCGACCAUUGGAAGCAAUAACCACGGUAGUUUGAAUUUAAAUUUUGAGAUGAACACACCGUCCAAGAGGACUGAGCAAACUUCCUCUCCUGUAACGGGAAUAACAAAUUCCUUCAUCCUUGAGGACCUUGAUGAGAUUGAAAUCCCAAGAGCAGGGGGAGGCUCUGAUUCAGAUGAGCCUUCGACCGCUAUCAACGUCCGUAGGAAAACUGCUCGGAAACCCGCUGCCUCUAGGAAGAGGGCAACCAGGAAGGGUGCCGUCGAGGAGGUAGAAGUGCUGAGAGGAGCGAAUGUUUUACCCAUCGAUGCUAAGACAGGUACGGGAAAGAUGCUGAGGAAAACUGCAUCGGCUAGAAGGGGUUCUAGUGAGUCUAGCUCAAUGCAAUCAGGUAGCAAUUUUGAGUCGGUGAUCUCCGCUCUGGAGCAGAUUCAUUCUAGCAUUUGUCACCUGGCCCCCACCCUGCUGUAUCGCCGUGUGUGUCAGCUCCUGGCCAUGUGCCUUAGUGACAGACACCCAGAGAGGGCGACGUACUACCUGAGCGAAGCGUGCGCGGUCACGUUACGUCACCAGAAGCUCUCCAGCCUGACCAAAAAAAUCAGGAAACAGAAGAAGAAGCUUGAUUCGGACAACAUCCAGAGUCUCCCAGAUGCCAUGGCGACGAUAACGCUUGACGGAGACAGCAAGGAUGGAUGUAAAGAGAAGGCGGGUCUACGACAUCUCACUGAGGAACAAGGGUUGUUCUCCUUCAACAGGAACCCUUCCACUCAAGGAGAAAGCCUAGAUGUUGUGCAGCAACUACAGAAUGUACUACCAGAAGGAUGGACGGUGUGUAUGAUGUCCGGUGUCUCCUCGAGCAUUUCUCCCGCUGGUACCCUCAACGACUCAGACAGUUUACUCAUGUGUCGUUUAAGCAGAGGAUGUAAACCGUUGAUCGUCAACCAUAGCAUGCCUUCAACUGGCUUAGGAUCAGCAGCAGGUCUCGUGGAAGAGUUUACAAACAUUCUGUCCGAGAGCAAGUCUAGCGUCAAAGAGACGGAUAAGAAAGCUUGGUGGACCUGCAGGCAGCAGCUAGAUGAACGAACUCAGACUCUGACUGAAGCGAUGGAAGAGACUCUGUUGGGACAGUGGAAGGGUUUGGCACUCGGUGCAAGGACCAACCCAGAGGACAGACAGCGCCUCACCCAAACCGCUGAGAAACUCAAGGCGCUGAUUGAGACUAUGUGCAAGAAACAGGUGGAUCGCCAAUUAUGCCAGUGUGUCUUAGAGUCAUCCAAUCACCUCAGCAAACUGCAGUUAUAUAGCGCCCUCAGCAGUUUGAGUGGUGCCGCAACAGGCUCAGACCAACACGUAAGCCUGGUGUCAUCUUUCAGGCAGCUGAUACGAGAUUGGCCACCAGCCACCAGCAGGGAACCAAUUAUUCUGAUUCUUGAUAAGCAAAUCCAGCAGUUACCGUGGGAGAGUAUACCCAUCCUGAGAGACGGGGCCGUGUGUCGGAUGCCGAGCCUGUAUUUCAUCCUGGCUCAACUUCUCAGGUCCCCUGAUGCGACCGCCGCCAACCGCCUAGACCCAACCGAUGCCUUCUUUGUCCUGAAUCCCUCCAACGAUCUUGCAAACACCCAGAAGACCUUCCAGAAGUGGUUUGAGAAAGAAAAUAACUGGAAGGGUGUUGUGGCUCGGCCACCUACUAAAGAUGAGUACAAGUCAGCUCUGACGGACCACCAACUGUUUGUUUUCUGCGGCCAUGGUAAUGGACGGGAGUUCCUGACGGGAGACGACAUUCAACGACUGAACUGCCGAGCAACGAGCCUCCUGAUUGGCUGCAGCAGCGGUCGACUCCAUGUCACUGGUGCCCAGGAGGCCAGUGGAAUGGUUCUCAACUACCUUGUUGCAGAAUGUCCAUGCCUCGUCGCCAAUCUGUGGGACGUCACCGAUCGUGACAUUGAUCGUUUCCUGGAGCAUCUUUUGAGGUCGUGGCUGGCCGGUGAUCAAAGCACCGACAGACAGAGGAGCUUAUUGGACUACAUGAGUGAGGCAAGAAAAGCGUGUAAACUACAGUACCUGAUAGGAGCAUCGCCCGUUGUAUACGGUCUCCCUGUGUAUCUCAAACGCUAAGAAUCUAAUAAACUCACUGACAAGGGCCCAAUUUCAAAAAUUCUGCUCAGCAACAUUAAACAAUAUUUUUUAUUAUUUAUGUCUCAAAAUCAAAUCUUAAGACCGUUUGAUCUUUCAGUGCACUUAAAUAACAUCACACAAUUGAGCAAAGUGAUGGUUAUUUUUAUGAAGCUACUUUAGAUCAUCUACGAUUGUACAGAAUCAUUUUCAAUUGGAAAAGACAUUUGUAAACUUUAAUAAAACACUAUAUAUAAAAAAUACAGUCAGGGGUUUUUUAAAGUCAGAAAAUUUGAAGCAAUAAUAUUACAAUGAGCAUACGUACGAAACACAUUGUGUAUUUUAGAUCAGCAAUCAAUUUUGCAACGGUCACUUUACAAAAUACAUCAAAAGGACAUUUUUGAACAGAUGGAAUCAAUGUUUUUUUGGACACUCGUUAAUCCAAUGAAUUGUGAUUUUCCCCAACCUCGCAUUUUGUGGUCAAAGUUCAAGGGGGAAUGUCGUCCUGAUGAUCACAGCAGCCUUGUGAAUGUACAUUGAAUUAUAAACUCUACCCAACUUACUGCACAUGUAGACUAUCAGGGCCCUGUGUAAGCACUAAACAACUUGCUCAGCAAAAUUACUUAAGUUUGCAUUGUUGUGGUUGGUGCGGCACUAAAUUUUUGCUCAGACAUAGAAAUUUGUCAAGGAGUUUUUUUCUGCUUAACGGCUUUAUGAAUUUGGCCCAGGUCACAAAGGGCGCUGUCACUAUUAUAUUGUGAUCUUACGGCGAUCCUGCAGUAACUGGUUGAGAGUUCAUAUUCCACGAACCCUGCUACGGUCAUGCUGACACACUUCUCUCAUUUUAAAUCUCCAAUUAUUUAUUCUCACAGUUAGACAACAUUUAUAAACCAGUUUGAUACAUAUACUAGGAAGUACUCCUGUGCCUGAUGGUAAUUAAAAUGGUGUUUGAAGCGUUGCAUGGUGUGAAGAAUAUAGUUACUUCAGAUAGUAUUUGUUUGUAAGAGAAUUUGAAACCGAUUUAUCUCACUGUCUGUACAUGGUUAUCAAUUUUGUGAAUUGUUUCAAAAGUAUUAUUUGUUGUUUUGUGAUAAAAAUGUUUAGCUUUCACUUGUUUAAUAAAUUAAUUUAUGGACCAAAUAAAAAUAUUGGAAAAAUAAAUAAACUGUGCCUAUUUCUAGUCUGUCGCAUAUCAAGGGAAAAUAUUUCAUAAAGAUUGUCUCGCGUCAGUCAGUUACUAGACCUUGGGGACUAGUGUCAUAGUCGCAACUAUUGAUUGCUUAGUUGAAUCGCAACUACCAUUUGUCAAUAAUAACAUCUUCCUGUUUGGUGAACCAAUUGUGUUGUAAACAACUAUUCAAGACAACAUAAUUUACUUAUGACACACAAUCAGACAUAAGUGAAACAAUCGCGUGAAUUUUACUAUAUUGCACCUGCGACAAACAUAAUGCCUGAUGCAUCUUGGCAAUGAAAAAUUAGUCGUGACUAGUGUGGAAGUUGAGACUAACUGAGGCAUGACUAGUCGGUCGGUUACUCUAUGAUGGUAUGGAAAUGUGACCAUUUUAAAUGGCAAAGUACACCGUUUGA